AUGCUUUGUGACAACAAAUUAGAGUUUCCAGUUAGUAACCUGGUCAUAAACUUGUUUUCAGACUGGUGCUAUCAGUCCCAGGUAACUUGCAACAACACAUGCAAAGGACCGGAUGAAUGGGCAACAGUAGUUAUAACCUGUGGAGACAGAAAACAGUCACCCAUUAACAUUGUAACAAAGCAAGUUCUCCCAGACAAUCGCCUGACCCCAGUUCAGUUUACAGGCUACCAACAGGCAUUCAGUGGAGUCAUUAAGAACAAUGGGCAUACAGUGCAAGUUGAUCUGCCAAACACUGCAGUAAUCACUGAGGCCGACUUAGGAACCACUUACAAAGCCCAGCAAUUUCACCUGCACUGGGGCAAGAAUGGUGGACCUGGAUCAGAACAUACUUUAGAUGGAGAGCGAUAUCCUAUGGAGCUUCACAUUGUCCAUAUAAAAGAACAGUUUAAUUCUCUGCAAGAGGCAAUUGGGGACCCUUUUGGAGUGGCUGUUCUUGGAUUUUUUUACAAGGAAUCAGAAAGAGCCAAUAAGAAAUAUGAGUCCAUCAUAAAUUCUCUUAUCAGUAUUACACUCCCUGGCACCAAUGCAACACUUGAAGCAAUGUCAUUAGACAUGCUGAUUCCCUCUCAUGAUACCUUGGGGCGGUACUUUCGCUACCAGGGGUCCCUCACCACACCAAACUGUUCUGAAGCUGUUGUCUGGACUAUAUUUGAAGAACCCAUACCACUCAGCAAGGAACAGCUCACUGCAUUUUCAAGUCUGCUGUUUGACAAUGAAACUGCCAUGGUGGACACGUACCGACCCGUUCAGCCCCGGAAUGGACGUAAGGUGUCUUACUCCAUGAGUGUUGUUGUUUGUGUUAGCACUACCUUAUUGUUCAGCUCUGUUUUCACAACACUCUCUGUUCUCACAUUCUGA